CAGCCUUAUCAUGAAUAUUCGCGUGGAAUAGUUCACCAGCGAAAUAUUUCGUUCACCCGAAAUCGUUCACCUUACCAUGAACGCAGAAAGAUUUCGGGUGAACAGCAUUUCACAUCGAAAUUUCGAAUGUGAGAUGACAGCUGUCAAAACGUCAAAUAAAAUAUUAACAAAGAAACCAAAUUGAACGCAUUUUACUUUAGUGAAAAAUUUAAAAUGAUUAAUAUAAAUUUAAGGAGACUGCUGUUAGCAGAUGAAAAUGUGCAAGAUCAAAGAGUCGCUCGUAGAAAGAUUAGGGAUGCUUCAAAUCCGCUUGAAUUGCAGGAUCAAUUGUAAAUUUGUGUAUAAUUUGUAAAUAAUUUGUGAUGCAAAUAGUAUACCAACUAUUUGCUAUUGUUCCUCUAGGUUUCAGAAAUGUUAUAGGACCAACAAAACAGCGUUUAAAUAUCUACUAGACAUUACAACAAACAAAGCUUCAAACCCGAUGAAAUCUUUUGGAAUACCCCCAAUAGUGAAGUUGGCGGCUUCGCUGCGUUUCUUUGCAGAAGGAGGCUACCAAAAGGGUGUCGGUAGGGAAUACGAUGUGGGAUUGUCACAGUCUGCCUUUAGUGCCACACUAGAAGAGAUGCUUGACGUGUUCGAAGUGAAUUUAUGUCGUUUGUGGAUAAAAUGGAUGAGUAACGAAGAAAUGAGAAGUGCUGCUCUUAAAUUUUAUGAAAAGUAUAAAAUUCCGAGUGUUAUGGGGUGUAUUGAUGGUACCCAUAUAAAAAUUGUGGGACCAAAACACAAUAAGCACUCAUUUUAUAAUCGAAAAGGAUACUUUAGUUUAAAUGCUCUUGUUGUUUGUGACCAAAAAAUGAGGUUUCGAUUUAUUGAUGCGUCGCAUCCAGGAGCUUGUCACGACUCUUUAGUGUGGAACGUUUCGGAACUAAAGAGACAUAUUUGCAAUAAUCGCAGCAACUUUUGGAUGUUAGGCGACGCAGGAUAUCCUCUGGAAUCCUUCUUAUUAACACCUUAUAGGACACCUGAAGAGGGAAGUGUAGAAGCAAAAUUUAAUUUAGCUCAUUCUCGGUGCCGAAAUAUUAUAGAACGUGCAAUUGGGUUGCUUAAAAGCCGAUGGAGAUGUUUGCUUGGUGCUAGAGAACUUUAUUACAGCCCACAGAAAGCAGCUAAAAUAUUCAAUGUGUGCGUAAUGUUACAUAAUUUAUGCAUUCAUUUCAAAGAUCAAUUUGCUGAUAUCGUUGAGAUACCUGAUUGUGACGAAGAGGAAUCUCUAGUGACUAUGGAGGAGGACAACAUAGAUUUCGGAAUGCAAAGAAUGAGCGAAGCGCAAAGAAUUAGGAACCAAAUAGCUCACUCACUCCCUUAAAGCAUUAUUACUUCUUUCAAUAUCGUUUGUAGAAAAAACAAAACUAACUCCAUUUUUCUGUAACGAAAAAACUAUUUCUUCAUUUCUUAUAAUCCUAA